CUUGUUGGUAUCGAGGCUGGCCCCAAAUGUUAUCUGUUGUCAAACGGGACUUGUCAAGUUAAAAAUGGACGAAAUUAAACCUCUUUUAGCAAAUCGUCAUGCCACCUAUAAAAGCCGCUGGUUUAUGUUAUCAGUGGUCAUGAUCUUCAAUAUUUCAAAUGCUAUGAUUUGGAUAAGUUAUGCCUCAAUUGCUAACAUUGCAUCUGCCUAUUAUGAUGUUUCUGAGGACAGAAUUAACUGGUUUUCAUUGGUGUUUUUCUUUUUCUCUGUUAUUUGUGGUUUACCAGCUUUCUGGCUUAUUGAUACAUAUGGACUUAGAAUUGGGAUGUUAACAGGGACCUGGAUAAAUGCUUUUGGGUGUAUAACAAGAUUACUAGCCUCAUUUCUGCUACAUCAAAGAUAUAUUUUUUGGAUGGCACUUGUGGGACAAGCAAUAUCUGCAUGCAGCCAACCAAUUAUACUGGCAAUUCCUACCAAGUUAGCUGCACUCUGGUUUGCUGAUAAUGAGAGAACUGUGGCAAACACAUUAGCUUCCUUAGCAAACCCAUUGGGGGUUCUGAUCGCAAGUGCAUUUUCACCCAUUAUUGUAAAAGAAGCUACUGACAUGAAAUUGAUGCUUAUGAUAUUUAGUGUACCAUCUGUCUUGGGUGCUUUGAUGACAACUUUUGGUGUAUGUUCUGAUGCCCCUCCAACUCCACCUUCAGCUUCAGCACAUCUCAUCUCGGAGCCCUUUCUAAAAGGAGUCAAAAUGGCUUUGAAGAGCCGUUCCUUCAUCUUGCUGAUGUUUGUGUUUGGUUUCGGAGUUGCGCUUUUCAGUACAAUAACGUCUCUGCUGGAACAGAUUAUUUGCCCACGAGGCUACGAUAAUGAUAUAGCUGGUCUUUGCGGUGCUUUAGUUAUUGUUGGUGGACUACUGUUUUCAGGUAUAGCGGGUGUUUAUGUUGACAAAACGAAAAGGUUUGAAGAAACGGCAAAGGUUUUCAUGCUGUUAGCCGCUAUCAUGUCAUGCCUCGUUCUUGUCAGUACAAGCCUCUUCAAUCAAACCACAUUGUUGUGCAUCGUGUUCUUCCUGUUCGGAGCAACAUGUUUAGGUGUGGCUCCCAUUUGUCUUGAGCUUGGAGUCGAAUGCACAUAUCCUGUGGACGAAGCUACCAGUGCAGGCUUGCAAUGGAUGUUUGGACAGUUUAUUGGAGUGUUUUUGAUGCUUGGCCUUCCCGAAUUAGGGACAAAAUUGACACCAGAAGAGCAGCAACACUCUGUUUGCAAUAUACCGGGCAGCCACAACAACCUUGAUUCAAAGGACUUGACAAACGCCUUGAUAUCAGUUACUGUUGUGUUAACGGUUAUAGUCCUGAUUUUUGUCAUUGGAUUUAAAGCAGAAUACAAAAGACUGUAUGCGGAAAUUGAAGCUAAAACAUCAAAGAUUCUUUAUCGUGAAAGCCCGGAUGAUCAGGAAGUAACAGACUUUCCAACUGCAUAACUAAAGUCGAUAAUUAUUUGGCAGUUUUAAUGAAUUUAAACGAUCGUAUCAAAACAAUAGCAUGGAAUACUUGCAGUGCUAUGAUUUCCUAGCCAUUUUUGGGCAAAUCCAAGAUGGUGUAAAGUUGGCAUGGCUAGUAAGCAUCUCUACAUUUAUUCUAACACUGGAAUGAAUAUCAGUAUUUCCGCUGCUAUAUCUUCAUCUACAGAGCUGCGAAAUUGAAAGAAAAUUUAACCGAAAAGAUAUUUAUAUAACGACAUAACGAGGGUGGUUUUUGUCCGUCACCUCCCAGAGUGUGAAAUCAUGUGCUGACCAAAAAGUGCACGAAAUUGUUAUCCAUUAUCCUGUCAUUUUUCUGCUUUCGAACGUUAUCUUUGUUUCAGUUCCGCAACUCUGCUGACUUUUUUAUUUUUUUUAGAUUGUAUUUCUCAGAGAGAUUUUCCUAAUCAUUUAUUAGAAAAAGAUACUUUAUCCAUUUUUAGAAUUAUUGUUGUAUAUUUCAAAAAUUACGUUCUAAAACCCACCUUAUAAUUAGGAGUUAACGAGAACUGUAUGCUUUCUGUUCUUAGAGUUGUAUAUUUUAUAGCUUGCCCGCUCCAAAUCUUAGCUUCUUUGGUUACGCAGAAGAGGGAGGUACAUAUAAGUCCUAACAUUUCUUAACAAUGAAAAGCCUGCGAAAAAUCGGCUUAAAAGAAACGUCAUUAUCCUUUACUCGAAAUUCUAUCGCUGGCACCGUGAUAUUUAAAGUAUCAAAGUACCCAUUGCAUAAACUUUCUAGACAUGUUGUACAAGGUUGAUAAUACUCGCUAUCUUAUUCUUGGAUUUAAAAGAUCUGGUAACCAAUAUUUCGCAGCAGUUUUGAAAAAGGGAUCAUUCAAAUUACUGUUUAUUUCGAAUACCUUUCGAACGCAUCACCUAACUGAUUUAUUAACUUUUGUCAGCUAUUUCCUAGCUCGUAUAAUGAUUAAUCUAUUCAAUUCAAAUAAUUUUUACACACUUUUCAACAUCCAAACGCAUUCUGAUUGUACAUUGUUUAUAUAUGAUUUGAGUAAAUGAUGAUGCAGUAAAUACAGUUUUUAUGUAUACAAUAGUUUUUUAAAAAUGAUUGAUUUUUUAAUAUUUGUUUGUUUAUAUUUAGUUGGAAAGCUAUCCUUAACCGCCUACACCUCUUGAAGGAGGCAUGUUGGCCAAAUUCUGAAGCAUGGUUGAAGCGGUCAUAGUCGUAGGAGGCAUAGGAACUGGGGACUGCAGCCCCCGUAAUCAGGCAAAAUUAUCGAAUUUCCGACCCAUUCGGGCAAUUUCAUUUCAAUGAUGCAGCCCUAUUCGGGCAAAGCCCAUACUAAGCCAUGCCCCAUUCCCAAGCAAUUAGCCUCCGCUACGCCAAUGGAAGAAGUGGGAGCUUACUAAAGCACAGCUUGUCAAGUCGCCCACUUUCCCCCAAAUUCUUUCUCUAUCUCCCGUAGCUUGCUUCGAUGUCCAGACUAUUUAACUUUAGGCUCAUUGCUUUUUCAUAUUCUUAUAAGCACCAGCAAACAACAGUUACAUUUUUUCUAAGAUUUUUAACUUUUUCUAAGAAACUAGAGCAAAGUACACAAUGAUUUAGUGAUACCAGAAAGCUGAAAUUUUCCUAGUGGGGCAAAAAAAUGUUUGCUCGUUGUUAAGGCUAAACUGAUUUGCCCUCAGAAUCUCCAAAAAUAAGGAAAUGAAAUUACGGUUGCGAUAUAAUAAUCUUAAAGUGUCCUGAUUCAAGAAAAUUCACUUUUUAAUAUCGAUAAAUUUUUUAAAAGUAUUCCUUACAGAACGCUUCCUUUAAAUUCUUAAUAAUACCACUCUAGGAAAAAUACACUUUGUUCAUCGAUUACAGUGAAAUUUGUUUUCCUUGGAAAGGUACGACUUAAAUAGUCUAGUUGUUAUAGCUAAGGUAGCUGGGCUUUUAGUCUUUGACGUGGAGUACUUGAAAAUGCACCAGUAGAAAGUAGUCACCGAAACAUGCUCUAGUGUGAGUAUUUAUGUAGAGAUGAGUAUCUAUAUAGGGAAAACUGAAUAGUUAACAUACGGAAAAAUUUGCCUCUGUUGCCUUGGCUUUUUAGAUGUGUGUUUAUGGCUUUUUACAAGAAAGCUUCCUCUGUAUUGUAUACAACUUUAAUCAACCUGAACUGAAUAACAAAAUUUUGCAACGAGCCGAGAAUUUAUGAGAAACUAGCGUGGAAUUUACAAGAGAAGGCGUACUAAGAUUAAACUGUCUCUCUUUAUUCAUUUGUGUUUCUAAAUAAGAUGAGAACAAGAUAAUUAAGCAACUCAGUACUAAAACCUAGAUAAAUACAACGAUCAAUACAUCAUGUAUCAGGUGCCUCGUUACUUGAAAACUCAAAAGAGGCUUGCAAGUCAAGCACCAUACUCCUUUGGAACACAGGCCAAGCACCCCUUAGUUAGUUAUAUUAAACUAUAGCAUUCUUUGAUGACAAUAAUUGAUACCUUUUGAUACGAAAAGAUU